UCUCCCUCCUCACCGCCGCAGCAGAGAGCGAGCGAGAGAGGCAAACACACGCAGAGCUCGAGAAUGAGGGGAGGAGUGAAGCUGGUGGGCGGAGGCGGAGGCGGGGUGGCGGCGACGUCGUCGUCGGCGGCGGCGGGUGGUGGUGGUGGGCACCCGGGGAUGUGGAGGACGCCGACGCCGUACCUUUUCCUGGGGUUCGCGGUGAUGAUGGGCCUCAUCGCGGUGGCGCUGCUCGUGCUGGUCUGCACGCGCCGCAAGAACCACGGCGACGCGGGGUCGUCGGCGUCGGCGGCGGCGUCGGUCAAGGUGCUGGUGCCGCUCGACCGGGAGCCCAAGGUGGUCGUCAUCAUGGCCGGCGACACCGCGCCGUCCUUCCUCGCCAGCGCCAAGCCGCUCUCCUCCUUCGUCCUCCCCCCGCCGCCGCCACCGGCCGCCGCCGGCGAGCCGUAGGGGAAACCGCCCGUGCUGCAAGUUGCGCGUGGGACCAAUUUUGUUCGUGAGAUUUGCUACUAGGAAUUAAUUUUUUCCACCCCUGUAAUCAUCGGCUGCUAGCUCUAGCACACAUGGAGAGGAGACGAGAGGUCAAAUUUGGGUCGAAUUCUUGGCCAGCUUCGGCUUUGGAAUCUGUAAAUUCAAGUCUUUUGGUUUGUUGUUGCAACUGACAAAAGGCAAAGCUUUGUGCUUCCAAUAAAUGCAUCAAGGCUUUUCUUCCCCUUCCAA